AUGGAUCAUGAUGAAGUUUUAUGUGUUGUAGUAGCAAUCAUAUUGUUACCAAUAUUUCUCAUACUUUUGAGAUUGAUUUGGAUAUUACCAGCAUUAAGAUUACCAUCCACCAUUCUGGAAAAGAGAAAUCUUAAUGAAAUACCAAAUGGAUCAACAAUGGCAAUCUUUUUAGGUUCUGGAGGACAUACAGGAGAAAUGCUCAGACUUAUUUCAAAGUUGAAUUUAUCGAAAUUCACUAGAACUUGGAUCUAUUCAUCUGGUGAUAAUACUUCAAUUAAAAAGGCAACUGAAUUUGAAGAAGCUCAAUUGAAUGACAACAAUGAACAUCAUCAACCACAAUAUCUUUGUAUACCAAGAGCAAGAAAAGUAGGAGAACCAAUUCUUCUGUCAAUCAUAAGUACAUUAUACUCCUUCAUUAUAUCUGCCAUUAAAUUGGUUUUCCUCAAACGGAAACCUUCAAUAUUAUUAUUAAAUGGUCCAGGUACAACUGUACCAAUUGCUUACAUAAUUUUUACUUUAAAAUUUUUAGGGAUUUGUAAUACAAAAAUAAUUUAUGUGGAAAGUUUGGCAAGAGUUAAUAAAUUGAGUCUUAGUGGAUUGUUAUUACUUCCAAUAUGCGAUCGUUUUAUUGUUCAAUGGGAAUCAUUAGCUAUUAAAUACAAACGAGCAGAAUACUAUGGAAUAUUGAUCUAG